UGGCCAGAAGUGGCUGGAGCGAGUCGGUGGCAGCAGGUGCGUGUGUGUGUGAUGCACAGUGUGGUGGGUACGGUGUAGUAGCAUGGAGCUAGGGUCCUGUUGUGUUCUCAGGCCUAACCCGACGGCGAACUUGGAUGAUGAUCAAAUAGUUCCGGAUCAUCCUGGUGAUUGUUCAAGUGGUGGAUGGUCUUCAUCAGGACAAAACUUGGUAGACACUUGGAUACAAAUGCAGACGAGCGAGUUAGACGCCUACCUGUGCAAACAGGAGCUGGAGCGACUCCAGCGCCUUGAGGAGGCAGCGGCAGCUGCAGAAGCUGCUGAGCUAGAGAUCAAACCGCGGCGCGAGUCGGCGUCGCAAAUAGACGAGUUUUUCGAGACGCCGGGCCUGCCGCACCAUCCCCCGCGGCACCACCACCAUCAUCACCACCACCACCACGCCAACAGCAUGAGCUAUGUGUCCAUGCGAACAGUGCCAGGAACCCAGGCAGAGGACGACGUCUUUCUCAAGCCAGCGCUCUGGGAGGACAUCACGUCCAGCAUCCAGAAACUGGACCCGGAGAACGCCGAGAUGCUGGCAUCAGUGAAACAGGAGAUGCCCGAUGAGGUGGCAUCGUGCGGCUCACCCUCCAGCCUACCCCUCAUGAACCCUCCCGUCGUCAAGACCGAGAAGUUACCACCGCCACCCUCGUUACAGCACAUGCACCUCACGCCCCCUUUCAACAGCAGCGCCAACCCCCAGCAACAGUUCCCCCCACAGCACAGCUACAGCAAUGGCAACUUGCCCCACCCUGCCUUCCCCAUGUCAAGGCUCGUGUACCUGCCUCCCCCCACCCCUCCGAUCUCUGAACCCGGGUCUCCGGGCAACAACCUUCCCAGGAGAACGCCGCCACCACCAUACCCCACCCCUAACCAUCACGGCCCAGCCCCGCCUCCUGCGCCGACGUCAGCAUCUCCGACAGUGACGACAGCGCCGGUUGUCCCCAAGUACAACAGAAGGAACAACCCAGAGCUGGAGAAGCGGCGGAUUCACCACUGUGACUUCCUGGGUUGUACGAAGGUGUACACGAAGAGCUCUCAUCUAAAGGCCCACCAGCGAAUACACACGGGAGAGAAGCCGUACAAGUGCCACUGGCCGGAGUGCGAGUGGCGGUUUGCUCGUUCGGACGAGCUGACCCGUCACUACCGGAAACACACAGGAGCCAAGCCUUUCAAGUGUGCCGUCUGCGAGCGAUCCUUCGCGCGGUCUGACCACCUUGCGCUGCACAUGAAGAGGCACCUCCCCAAGGCCCCCAAGUGACCACGGUAACCUAGCAACCGAAGCUUAGAUCCUUCGUUCACGGUUUUUACAUACGAAAUGCUGACCAUGUUUAUUACCCAGUGGCGAUUCGCUUCAGACUACAGGCAAAUGCGCAAGAGGUGCCAUUCCUGCAGGAAAUCUUUCUUGUGAAUGUUUAAUUUACAGCUUUUUUUUUAUACUUAUUUAACAUUCGUUCAGUGCCAUUUAGGACUUCACCCCUGAUAUCUGGCAUCUGAUAUUUUUAACACGACGAUAAUUUAAAUGAAACAUUUCUUUGGGUGCAAUUGACGCGGCUGAAAAUUCAACAGUCUAAGAGGACGGAUUUGUGAAUAGACUCAGUGCAAUCCUACGACAGAAAAAUUCUUUUAUUACUCAAUGAUCGAAGUGCCAAGAUUUCAAGUGCCUUGUGGAACAAAGAAGCCAAAGUGCCAAUAAGAUCGUGCCACGUAACAGGGAUGUGUUCAUAUCGACAUGUUAUGUAGUUUAAAAAGAGAGCUAAACUAGUUUUUUUAUUGGUUGUAUAUUACAAUUUUUAUAUAUUUUUAAGUCAAGAAAUAAGUCACUUUGAUACCAAUUUAUUGUAAUAAUAAUCUAUUAUAUAGAUUUUAAGAUUUAUAUUUAGAUUUUAAGAUUAUAUUUAUAAGAUGCCGCUCACACAGACUAACAGUAAUACAGGGUUGUGGGAACUAUUUUGUAAGGCGUGAAACGUCUUCAGUGUAAUAAUACUACCAUUACUACUUAAAAAAUGCGUAUACCGAAUUUCAGAACUAGGAAUAUUCAUGCAGGUUAUACGAGGUCUGACAGAUAAUUAUUUAGACUGCAUCCAUGUAAAUUGAGAUGCACUAUACACAGAAUUAUAGGUUGAUCUUCAGCACAUGUAAAUUUGGUCCCUCGUGUUCUCCACUUCUGGAAGCGCUUUGGUGCUCAGCUUGUUAUCAGCGACACUUGAGUUAUGUUCACUUGCCACCACAUUAUGAAUUGUUACAUAUUCGACGGUUUCCUCUUUAGGAGCAGGAAAAUAUAGUCGCGGAGAGACGAAGUCCGGUGAACAGGGAGGCAGUUUCACAUGCGGAACGCAACGUUUGGCUGCACUAGCUAAGCUCAAUAGGCAUGCGCGUUGUCGCUGAACGGAUUCCCGCUUCUGGCGGCUCAUCACGACACACUGUACGUUUAGACGUCUCGGAAUUUGUAUUUUAAAUUUGAUUUAACGAAGCUACCCAUAGUAUAUAGAACCAAAUGAUUGUAUUGUAGUGAAUCCUUACCUGAAAGGGAUAUGGAAGGAAGUGUUGUUUGCGUAAUUUCAAGUUAUAUCCCGGCGUUUACCUUGUGGGACUGAAAACUACGAAACAUCUCAGGAUAGUUGGUGCCCGAUGGGUUUUCGAACCAGGAACCUUUACACUACAUGCCAGAAGCGUUACUAAUUCUAAAUUUGUUAGUAGAAAUGCUGGUUAAUAAUGUGGCAUUAUGGAACAUGCUCAUGAGACACAACACUGACCGCCAUUUCGGUUUUCUUGAACCAGUGCAGGAAGGCGAUUUCUGUUGUAGUGACUGCUGCGUAGUUUCUAAGCCAAACAUAUCUCAUCUCUUUGCAAUAUUCCUAUAUCGGUUUUCAUCAGGAUUUGAGGUUCUGACAGCGGUUGUUAUGAAGAAUAUUGUCUUCUAGGAUGUAGUCCAUUGAAAGUCAACCGAC